AGAAAGACCGCAACUCCGAAGGGCACAUAAAUUUUUCUUGCAAUGAGUGUUAAUAUUAAUAUACCUAAUAUCUCCUUUGCAAUCCAAAAUUUCCUGCCCAGCGGAUAUAGCCCUGAGCAGUACCAAUAUCGCUAACCCUGCCCGAGACAUCACUCAGUUAAAUCUAUAGAUGGACAAGUUCUUUAGGCCCCCCGGUCGUGAGGGCGUAAUAUCUGUCGAUCACCAGGCCAGUUCGCACAGUCGAAAAGAUACGAAGGAGAACUUAUGCUCCCGUUGUGAGAGACUACCACUAUAUGCCGAGAAUUUUAUCAUUGGCACUCCACCGGUCGUGGUCGACAGCGUCGCCGCACAUGUAGGGCGCUACCAGUCUCGGGAGGCAAACAGCGGAUUUAUCCCCAGAUCGGGUGGCUGCCAGGAAAAUUUUGCAACAUUGCAGGACCUUCGUCAAAACCAAGGCCGGUGUGCUUUCUGCCGCCUUGUAUGCGGCGCAAUUGAGCGUUACAGUGGCGGAAAUACUGGUCCGGAAAAGGUAAAUGCCAAAACGAUCUGCUCACUUCGAUGGGAGCUCCAUGGCCAGAUAGUUCAUUCAUCGGAGCCUGUGAAUAGAACUCGGCGAAUCUGCCUCACCUGGACCGAGCAGACGGGCCAUGCUCAGGAGGUUUUCUUGCUGUUCGUUGCACGGAAAGAUGCCAUCACCCGACACAAUCUUGAUGUUCGCCCCCUAGGACGCGAUCCAGCCGACCAGGAGGGAAAGCUGGCCCUCGUUAAGCGUUGGUUCGAUAUCUGCGUUAGGAACCAUGAGGACUGUCGCAUUACGCAUGGAACCAAGAAGGGGUUCAUGGAGCUGAUAGAAGGGACUUAUUUUGGCGUCAUUGACGUUGUCGACAUGCGGCUUAAAUCGUUACCUCUGGACCGCUCUCUCAGGCCUGAGCGAUUCGUUGCCCUGAGUUACGUCUGGGGGCCAAGAGAGUCAGAUGACGAUAUGUCCUAUGUGACGACCCAGUCCAACGUCAUAGACCGCAUGAGACACAAUGGUCUUCGGAAAAUAAUCCAUAACCUCCCAAAGACCCUUCGGGAUGCUAUGUCGUUGGUGUUCCAUCUGGGGUAUCGCUACCUCUGGAUAGACUCGCUAUGCAUCGUUCAAGACUUCGAGAGCUCGUGGCGGCUUAAUUCCCAGGCUAUGCACCUCGUCUAUGGCAACGCGGAUUUUACGAUAUGUGCUGCUGAUGGAAAAAACUCAUCCGCAGGCUUGCGUGCCGCGAGUACGAUCCUACCAGGUCGAAGCCGAGAAUCUACAAGCAACCGUGUACUAAACACGGAGCCUUUGAGCGAAGACGUGAGCGAUACUGUACGUCUCAUUGCCACGCGAUCGCUUGAGGCCACAAUCAACGACUCCGAAUGGAACCAACGUGCAUGGACUUUCCAGGAGCGCGUCCUCUCCCGGCGUUGCCUCAUCUUCGCUGACGGGAAUGUUCACUUCCAAUGCCGCAGGGUUACCUUCUCUCAGGAUAUCUACGCCGAUGGGGGCGAGUCCAGCUCGUUAGAACGAGGUAGCUCGCCGUUGCGAACGCUGCGUGAACUGCGAGAGCGUCCGCUAUCGUUUUAUCUGACAUAUGUCCGGAUGUACACCGGCCGCCGGCUCACCAAGCCACAGGAUAUCCUGGCCGCCUUCGCAGGAAUUUCCUGGCUGCUGGGACGGUAUAUGGAUGCUCCGUUGCUCUUCGGCCUACCUACCUCACAUUUCGAUUUAGCCAUCCUUUGGAAUCCGGUAACAAAAAUUAGGCGUAUGGCCCCACGACAUCCAGCAUACACCGGGUGGGCAUUCCAGCAAGAUAACGCGGGAAGUUUCCCUUCGUAUGCGGAGCGGAGGUCUUUCGAGAGCCUGGGGCUUCCGACAUGGUCCUGGUCAGGUUGGAUGGACGGGAGGAUCGAGUACGACCCGGCCAUGCUGGAAGGGUGUCUACUGAACGUACACGAAUGGCUUAUAAACCACACAUGGAUCGAAUGGUAUAUUCGUGACGAAAAAGGGCACUUGAGUGCCUUAUGGGGCAUGAUUUUACAGGGGGUCGAGCGGGACACUGAAAUCCCUAUUGCAGCUAAACAGGAUACACGGUGGAUGGGCUACCCUGGCCGAGGUUCCGAAAGCCAGAAGUGUCCAGAUACAUCGCCUAUUCGGAUGCCAGAAGAGAGACAAGGGCAUCAAAGCCACAAAAUUUCCCCCUUGUCUGAAGGGCCAUUACCCGAUCAAUAUAAACGGAUGAGUAACUCGGUAUAUAUUAGUACUUAUUCACCGCAGGGGGUGUGCGGAGGUGAAACCUGCACAAUGAAUAAUACGGAACGAUCGAGUCACAAGCUACCAGAUCGCAAAAUCGGACGUAAUGGCAACGAUUGCGACGACGAAGAUGAUUACGGCCGGCAUAAUUUGAAAGACAAGAUCUAUGGGGAAGAUUCGAGGGUGCAGGAAGAAUUCAGAGCCAUCUUGCCCGGCAGCCCCUUUGGUGUCAUCCGAAAUACGGCACCCCAAUCGGUAGCAGAUGGGCAAGGACAACGAUCAGGGACGAAAGCGACACAAGGCUGUAUGCCAAUCCUCCAAUUCAAGACCUGGCGCACCGAACUUCAUGUCACGAUCCGAGAUAUCGCAAAGAGCAACGCAAGUACCGGGCUACACCAAUGCGACAUCCUUGACAAGGCAGGCGACUGGUGCGGCGCCAUCAAGCUUGACGACGACUUGAUUCGACCACGCCAGCUCCACAUCUUCCAGUUCAUUGCUAUUUCGGACGCUAAAGGCUUCACGGAAGAGGAGUGUCCCGUUUGGACGUACUACAUCCCGAAAGAGCGAAAGGAAUCCGAGUGGGACGUGUACUUUGUGCUUCUACUGGAGAGGAACCUGGAGCGCGGCGUCUGGGAGCGCGCCGGGCUCGGUAAGGUUUUCAAGGCGGCCUUUCUCCUGGAGCAGAGCUGGGAUGAGAUCAAGCUGGGCUAGCUACCGCGGGGCCAGACGCCGCUGAGACCCCCGCCGGGAGCCGGGAGCAGUUUCAACUGCGGCUGGGUGAGGAAAGGGGUAACCGUUGCAACUCGAGAAUGGCGACCUUAAACCCACCCCGUAACUGGAGAGAUAGUCUGGGCCUUACAGUUUCUUUGAGAUAUCGUACCGGGCACCGGAUGACCUAGGCGAGCGCACGCUCAUAGUUUUGCUGCUGAUUUGCAUUGGAAUAUUGAAUCCGUCCCUGAAUGGGCAGGUUGCUCGCAGAUGUUGUGAUAUAAGAGUAGACCAAUCCGGGACGGUAGGUGGACGCACUCCCAGGGGAGACUUAUGCACCAGCAUAGAAAAGCAACUCCACUCCUCAUGGCCCCCGAGGUGGUUGAGAUCCUUACUACCCCUUUUACAUACGCGGGCAUUCCCAGAUCGAUCAACCCACCACCCGUUUCCGGCCGUUCCUAGGCUCUCGGUAGGUAUUGCAGAGGGAGCGCGUGCCCUCAGCGAGAGACUAGGCGGCGGUAUGCCGCCCACUUCGCGGCAACCCCGACGAAGUCACCUCCCCCCUCCCUCCCCCCUUUCCUUCUCUUCCCCUCCGUCUCGUGCCACCACGACCACCGCCGUCCCUCCCCUCCCCUGCCCG